GUUCUUGACAACACUCACAAAGAAGCAGAAGUCGCGGCUGUGUGCUUUGAUGUGAGACGAUGGUGGGGAUGGUGAAGGGUCCAACACCGCCUACGACGCCUAGCUCGCGAGCGUCGUCGGCACGCGUGAGCACAAAGUCGCGCUUGAAGCGCCGGCUGACACAGAAGCGGCUUGAGCGGAGAGAGCAAACUCGACAACAAAAGGAGGAAGAUCGCGCUCAACUGCAAGAAGAGCUCGACAGAGUCCGGCAGGUCCCUCUGGACGUGCUGGCGGCCGAAUGGCUGAACGAAACAAUCACCGACGCGCGAACGCGCAUGUACCUUGUGGAGACGUGUCUGGGGUCCGUGGUGCUUGCCAUGGAGAAGCUGCUGCGCGAAGCAGAGCGACGCGAGCUCCUGGAGGCACCCAAGAUGACUGCUAGCUUCAACCCCAUCAACUACCUUGCCCAGGCCCUCAUGCGCAACAACCCGCGCUUCAGCAACUUUGCAGACGCCUCCCCAUACAUGCGAUCCAUGCGACGCGUCGAGCUCGAGCUCCGAGACCGCGUCUACGACAUCACCGAGGACCAGCAGGCCAAGCGCCAGGCCGAGCUGCAGCGGCGCAAGCAGCUCAUGGAGGAGAAGCAGCAGCAGGCGAUUGCACGCAUGCAGGAGGUUAUUGACACCGCAGCCCCACACUUUGCCGAGCACCCGAAGAGCCUCGUCUACAGCGUACUCCGUGCACACGACACGGCGCACGUGCAGUUCCCACAGCUGUUUGCAGAGGACCGCCCGGUGGACGAGAGCGGUGACGUUUCCCGCCAAAACCUCGCCGUGCUGCUCGCCCCUCUCGUCGCAGACAUGCCGCAAGACGAUACAAUUCGCCUUCUCAAGGAGCUUGAUGCCGCCUGCUCACAGAACACGUCGCCAUCGCCGGGAACCACUGCCACCACGACUUUCGCUGGACACGGGGGAACAGAGGACGCUGACAGCGCAUAUGCGGCACUGACGGCGGAGUUCCCGUCAACGCUGUCGCUGUUUGCUGAGAACACGGCUGCGCUGCGGCACCCACACGGCGGUGAUGCUGAGGCGUUGAUGGGCGGUGGUGUCGCCACAGACGACGAGGCCGAGGCUGCCGAUGCCAAGCGAGGACAGGAAGAGGAGGUGGAAGGAGAGAAGGAAGUCAAGGAAGAGGAGAACGAGGAAGGGGAAGGGAUGAGGGACAACAAGGCGGAUGAGGAAGCGGAAGCAGGUGCAGACGACACACAACAGAAUGCCGCUAACGGUGAUGACGAUGAUGAUGGUGACGACGAUACCGCAAGACCGGGUACAGCCGAAGCCCACGGCCAGGAAGCAGCAGACACCGACGGCGAUGGGAAGACGCGCGGCGAUGGUGAUGCGAGUCGCGCUGACAGCAAGCAGCAGGAUGAACAACAGAGUGCGGAGCACGCGGGGGAGGGCACGACAACGGAUGGUGCGAACACGAGCGAUGGGGAUGCGGAAGCAGCCACAAGCAAUGAGCAUGGUGAUGAUGAUGAUGGUGGUGGUGGUGGCGAUGGCGGUGAGACGGUGGAACAUGCUGAAAGUGGAGGUCAAGGCGAUGAUGACACGAGCACGUCUGAAGCACCACAGCCUGAACAAUCGUAGCUCCUGCUCUUUGUUCACACACAAACACACACACACACACACACACACACACGCACACACACACACACGCACACACAAACAUGCACACGACACUUAGGCUGCCUGUGUUGCUCUAUCCCGUCUGCAAAGCGCUUGCUUGGUUCCUUCGCUUGCAUCAAUCGUCUUGCCCCUGUGCUCUUUCUUCUCUGUCCUGCUCGUGUGUUUGCGUAUCGCCUUGCUGUUUUUGCGCAGACGUGAUGCUGCUGUUGUCUGCAAUACAACGGUUGGUUCUGGUUG